AUGAUUUACAACCUUCUCGCCAUUCAGGCUCUCUUCCUGUACUUGGCCAGCGUCGCCUCCUCUGCUCCCCUGACGAACUCGUUCUCGCUCUCCACCAUCAUAGACUCGUUCGUCAUCUUCCCCAAGACAAGAUGGUUACGCAAAGCGCACUCGACCGACUUCACGAUCGAGAACGUCACGGACUAUGGCAGCUUUAAUUUCCUGGGCAGCGCUGCCUCUGAAUCAACAAUCUACGCACCCGUCACGUACUGCCCCUUUGGCGAGCGUGCGUUCUGGUUCACGGGUGAUGUGCUCUUGCAGGCCGGACCUCUUCUCCCGUAUAUCGAUCCUGUCCGGAACUACUUUUCUCCCGCGCAUUCUGGGUCCGAUAGUGUGAAUACCCUGUACGACAGGCCUAUGUUUGGUACGGUUUACAACGCUUUCCGCUACAUAGAGGGUGAAGAAACGGAUUGGCGAAUGGUUCCCAUAGAAUCUGAGUUGUUACGCGACACCGCCGUUGCUCGCUCGCCAUGCGCCACGUUCUCGGAUACCAAGGCUGUGCAGUUUUACGAGUCCAUAUCGACUGAUGGUUCGUACGGCUCGUUUAUGGUUGAGUACGAGGUCUCUGUUGACGAGUCAGGAGCGACUACUCUUAACGUCACUCGGUCGGACGAAGUCACCAGCAAGUCGGCAGAUAAUCAGCUGUACUGGGGAGUCUUUGCGACGAUGAGGAUCAACCAUGUCGUCUAUAUGUACGCUCUCGACACGAACAACUACCAGGAUGUCUACCUCGCGUCUGUUCCCGCCCAGCAAGUCGAUGACAAGUCAGCAUGGCAGUAUUGGCUGCAGUCUUCCAAAUCAUGGACGACCACCGAGCCCACCACCGCCGACGAUAUCUCUGCCGACGCCGUAUUUUCACUCACCGGUAGCGACAGGUUCGCGAUGGCCAACGACGAUAUCACGCAGACACUUGCAUACCACACCGGCGCAUCUAUUUUCUACUCGCAAUACCACUGGUCGUACCUUUUCGUCUACGUCUCGGCUGAUGAUUCGUCGACUCUCAUUAUCGAAUACGGACCCACGCCAGCUGGUCCGUUUACGAGCGACAAGAAAGUUCUCUACUCGAAUGCAGACUAUGAUAUGUCGUAUGCAUCCGUUUCGCCAUUUAUGUUCAGCACGAGCGAGAUUGAAGGCGAGACUGGAAAGGAACUGCUUCUCACGGCCCCAGCAGCGGGCGCGGUUACGUCUCCGCACGCGAUUAAGAUCACGUUCGAGUGA